AUUCAUAUUGACCUUUAUGUUAUAUUUUCCCAUUUUCACCCCAUCUUUUUUGUCCAUCAAGUCUUGAACAGUUAGUACCACAUUUGUAACAAAGGGGUGUCAACAGUACUGUGUUUUUUUUUUUUUUUGUUGCCAGCCGUUCAGGUGUUUCACCUCUUCGUUUCCGUCCAGCUCACUUUAUUAUGCCUCUCCGCACGGUUGGCACAGCGAAAGAGCAAACCGCCACACCGCAUACUUUCGAGUUACUUCACGUAAAAAGUUCCUCCCACAAAAUUGCGCAUAUAUGGAUAAGCAAACAAUUGUGAUUGACAACGGUUCAGGUUACAUAAAAGCCGGAUUGAACUCCUACGAUGAGCCGUCCAUAGUGUUCCCGACAAUAGUGGGCCUCCACCGAGACAGAGAAAUCAAAGAAACCUACGUCGGCGAUGAAGCCAUUUUCCGCGACUCCGAACUGUCAUUCUACCGCCCAAUCGAUCAUGGACACAUAUCAGAUUGGGAUUUGGCCCAAAUUGCUUGGGAAUAUGCCAUCAAAUGUGUGGACCAAAACAGGAGUGUUGAAAACAUCCUGCUCACAGAGCCACCCUUAUGUUCAACCUCCCAUAGAACAAAAAUGGGAGAAAUUUUUUUUGAGGAUUUUAAUUACCAAAAUAUUAACAUUUCAGUUUCGGGAUUAAUGUCUAUAUAUGCCACGGGAUUAACAACUGGGCUGGUCUUAGACAUAGGGGAUGGAGUAACUCAGUGCAUUCCCGUGUUUGAUGGGUACAUAGAAAAGAAUUCGAUCAUACGUUCCGAUUUUGGUGGAGAGGAACUAAGCAUGUUUUUGCAAAAAUUAAUUUGUGACAUUGGAUACAGUAUGACCACAAGAAAAAAUUUCGAAUACAUUAAAAAUAUCAAAGAGACGUUAUGUUUUUGCUCCUUAAAUCCACCAAAGGAUCAACUGAGAGACGAUUUAACUGUCACUUACACUCUUCCGGAUGGAGAUGUUUUACGAGAUGGAUACAACUCCGUUGAAUUAUCACAUGAACGUUUUUACGUUCCUGAAGCUCUGUUUAAUCCACUUAUCUGCCACAGGGAUAAUCUCAGUAUCGUCGACAUUGUGUGGAAGUCCCUUUUAUUGUGUCCUAUUGAAAAUAGGAAAACAUUGACAAGCUAUAUUGUUCUUUCUGGGGGUUCUUCUCUUUUCCCCAACUUAGCGGAACGACUAGAGAGGGAGGUGAAGAAUAAUGCUCCGGAGAGUGCCAGAUCGGCUGUGAAGGUCCACGUGCACGAAAACAGAGCUAUUAUGGCCUGGUGCGGAGCGCGGAUUUUCUCUCAACCUGAGUUGAGGCAGGCCCAGGAGGGCUUAUGGAUAUCGAAAGAAGAAUACGAGGAAAUCGGAAGUAACAUUUUUUUGAUAAAGGUACGGAGAAAAGAUGAGAAUUA